AGGCAAAAGUCAUAGGUAGUUCCCUAAAUUUUACCACAUUUUUCUCAUGGCUAUCUAAACCUACAAUUGUUCCAUUUUAAUACCUAAAUUACUCUGAAUUUGUACCACAUAAGCACCUUUUGCCUACAUGGCAGCUCAUCUGUGCUGCACGCAAAAUGGACGCGUGAAGGGGUGUUUUGUUGUUUACAUGGCAACUUCCAACGUACCUUUUUUGGUUAAUAAUCCCAAAUCUAAAACUCCAAUUUUCCAAAUUCUCUCCUUUCUCCUCCUUUCUCCCCCGUUUCUCUCUCUUCUUUCUGUUCAAUUUAUGUCUUCCUUCUCUCUUCUCUCUCGAUUUAUAGUUGUUGCGGUGUGUAUUCUCUCUUAUUUCUCUCUUGGUUCUCCUUCUUUAUAGCAAUGUCACAAAAUUCAGGGAUUAUAGAUGAAAAUGUUAUUUGUAAUUGUGGUAAUUCUUGUAAUGUAAGAACUUCGAGAACAGUUAACAACCCAGGUCGUAGAUUUUUUGGUUGCAAGAUGCCAAAAGAAAAGGGUGGAUGUGGCUAUUUUAAAUGGAUUGAUCCUUCUCCAGAGGUUGAGCUUUUGAAGGAGAAGCUUAAAGAGGUUGAAGAAGAGAGGGAUACAUUGAAACAUAAAAUGAAGGAACUUGGAGGCAAGUUUGAUUCAUUGAAACAAAAAUUGAAGGAAAUUAAGCAAGUGAAUUAG